AUGGCCGACCGGUAUUCGUUCUCGCUGACAACGUUCUCGCCCAGAGUUGCUAACCUCGAUUGUUUCACUCCACAGCGGAAAGCUGGUGCAGAUUGGUUCGUUCACCCCCCUCCGACCUUCAACAUGUCCGACGAGGUGUCGCGCGCGCCGAGAAUCCGCGCGAGAUGCGGCAACGAUGCCGAGACGUUUACAGUGCAAGUGGCUAACGGAUGGAUUGUCAUAGAAUAUGCCUUAAAUGCCGUCAACCAGGGUGUCACUGCUCUUGGCAUCAAAGCCACAAACGGCAUUGUCCUGGCCACCGAGAAGAAGUCAUCGUCCCCGCUCGCCGACCCGUCAUCCCUCUCCAAGAUCUCCCUUAUCACGCCCGACAUCGGUAUGGUCUACGCCGGUAUGGGCCCCGACUAUCGCGUCCUCGUUGACCGUGCCCGCAAGGUCUCGCACUCGGGCUACAAGCGCAUCUAUAACGAGUACCCGCCGACGCGGAUAUUGGUGCAGGACGUCGCUCGCGUUAUGCAGGAGGCUACCCAGUCCGGCGGCGUCCGGCCGUACGGUGUCAGUUUGCUGAUUGCCGGCUGGGACGAGGGCAUCCUGCCCGAGGAGGAGCUCGAACGCGAGGCGGCCAAGGCGGCGGCUGCUGCAGCUGGUAACAAAGAGGAAGAGGAGGAAGCCGACGGCCUGGCCUCGGGUGAGCAGAAGAAGCCCACGGGCAAGACGGGCGGUAUUCUCAAGGGCGGCCCCAUGCUGUACCAGGUGGACCCAUCGGGGAGCUACUUCCCGUGGAAGGCAACGGCUAUUGGCAAGAGCGCGGCGUCGGCCAAGACGUUCCUGGAGAAGCGGUACACGGAGGGCUUGGAGCUCGAAGAUGCGGUGCACAUUGCCCUGCUGACACUCAAGGAGACGAUUGAGGGCGAGAUGAACGGCGACACCAUCGAGAUCGACCACCUCCUCGGUGUCGAGGGUGUUGAGGGCGCGAGAGGGCCGCGGUUCCGCAAGCUGACGCCACAGGAGAUCGAAGACUACCUGACCAACCUAUAA